GGGGCGGGGACGGUUUCACCAUGAGCGGGGCACAGCGCGGGCCGCGGGCCCGGGACCCCGCGCAGGGGGAGCCGGGCACGAAGCGGGGCAAACGGGAAGUGCGCGGGGAGUUCUCGGCGGCCAUCCGGGAGCCGGCGCUGAAGGAGAAGGCGGGGGCCGCCUGGGGCUGCGGGGAGCCGCUCAACCACGAGGCCAUCGCGCUGGAUCCUGUUCCCUUCUGCCACGGCGUGAUCCCCAACUUCAUCCAGUGCCCGGGCUUCCUGGACGGGCUGCAGCGGGAGCUCCUCAGCCUGGAUUUCCACCAGAAGUGCAACGAUUUGUACAAGUUCAAACAGUCUGAUGAUCUGAAGAAGAGAAAAGAGCCUCACAUCUCGGCAUUAAGGAAAGUUCUGUUUGAAGAGUUCCGGGAGUGGCUGUCUGCAGUUACUCAGGUGGAGCUGGAACCAACCAUUGACUUGUCCUGUGCUAAGUAUGAGUAUACAGAUGUCCUGCUGUGCCAUGACGAUGAGCUGGAGGGACGGAGAAUUGCCUUCAUCCUGUACCUGGUUCCACUGUGGGAGAAGAGCGAUGGGGGCACUCUGGACCUGUACAGCACAGAUGGCCGCUUUCAGCCGCAGCAGGUCGUCAAGUCAUUAGUCCCUUCUUGGAAUUCCCUGGCCUUCUUCGAAGUGUCUCCUGUCUCUUUCCACCAGGUGUCUGAAGUUCUGACCGAAGGGAAGUGCCGCUUGUCUGUGAGUGGUUGGUUUCAUGGCCCGUCGGUGGCAAGGCCUCCCCGCUACAUUGAAUCCCUCUUGCCCCGGAUUCCACAUCUCCCGUAUGAUCAUGAAAUCUUGUAUGAGUGGAUCAACCCAGUGUACUUGGACAUGGAUUCCCAAGCCCAGAUCCAGGAGGAAUUUGAGGAGCGAUCAGAGCUUCUCUUGAAGAACUUCCUUAAGGGAGAGAAAUUUCAGCUCGUGUGUGAAGCUCUGCAGAAAGACGACAUCAAAUGGAAUCGCCGAGGACCCCCCAAUAAAAGAUGUUAUGAGAAGGCUGAGGAGGGGAGCCUUCCGGACAUCCUGAGGAAGUGCCUGGAGUUCUUCCACUCAGAGGCCUUGUUCCUGCUGCUCUCCAACUUCACAGGCCUAAAGCUGCACUUCCUGGCUUCCUCUGAUGAUGAGGAUGAGGAGGGAGAAGAAGGAAGAGCCGCAGAUUGCACUGGACACAGCUCUCCCAAACCCAAGCAAGGAGAGAGCAGUCAAAAGGCCAACGGCGAUGCUGACCAAGUAGAUCAGCCUGAAAAUGACCCCCAAACCAAAGAAAGUGACACAAAGAACAGCUCAAGUGUCCCCAUGUGCAUGGGGGAGCUAAGGCACUGGACAAAUGGCCACUACACUCUAGUCCAUGACACCCAAACCACAGAGUUUGCCCUGGACCUGCUGUUCUUCUGCGGCUGCGAAGAUUGGAAUGCAGAAUAUGGUGGCUUUACAUCCUACAUUGCCAAGGGUGAAGAUGAAGAGCUGCUGACAGUGAAUCCAGAGAACAACUGCUUGGCCUUGGUUUACAGAGACAAAGAGACUUUGAAAUUUGUGAAGUAUGUUAACCAUCGUAGUUUGGAGCAUCCAAAAAAACAACAGAGCAGAGCUGGAUUCUGGGACUUCUCUUUUGUCUACUAUGAGUGACGGCACUGGGCAUGGUCAUCUUCUGAGAGGGAAUGGCUUAGUGAUACAGUAAUGGGUUUUGAAU